AUUGCACAUCUGAUCUGAUAAGAUCCAUCUGAAAUGUCAAAUUUGAAACAAUUUGACAGUGACUAUUGUUUUUGUUUUUAAUUUUGAAGAAGCUAACUUAAUGAAUAAUAAUAAUAGGAUAUUCAUCUUUUCAUAAUGAAUUCUUAUAAGGAUUUAACAAGAAAAUCUCGAAAAAAAAUAAAUAAACGAAUUAAAAAAGGUCAAGGAUGUUUUUACAGUAGUCAUAACUACAACCGAAGUACUGGUUUUCAAUCAAAUUCGAUAGGUUUUUCAGAAUAUGUUCUACAUAGUUCAAAUGCAAGAUCAUAUAAUACAAGGCUUAACACUAACAGAACAAACUUGGGUUACCUGAAACCUCGCCUAAAACAUAUUUCUUCACAGUCAAUAGGAAGGGAGAAAGAAUAUUCUGCUAUAGGCUGUUAUGAGGAAUACACAUUGAGAAGAAUACGAAACACUAGUGAUAUGAUAAAACAACAAUUGAUGAGUCCUGAAAAUUUGACCAUUACUCGAGAAAAGGAAACAAAUAUGCAAUCAGAUAAUAUCUCUCUUAAAGUUAGAAGUAAACAAAAUCGAUUGAGUGGUGAAACAUCUAAAUUUUCUGACAAUAAAGAAUAUUCCCAAACAAAAGUGAGAAGAAAACCCAGUAAAUCAUGUGAAGAAGUCGCUAGAUUCCAAUUGAAGGAGAAAAGAAAAAAUGAGUUGAGAGAAAAAUUCAAGAAAGAUAAUAUUUCAAAACAAAAUUCUAAUGAAAUUUAUAAUGUAAAAGAAAUUUCUGAUAAAAUUAUUCAGCAUAUAUCCAAAAUGAAUAAUGCAAAGUUAGUGGAUUUUCUGAAUUCAGGUAAUUCUCGCUAUGAAGAAGCUUUCAGCUAUAUUUGUAAGGAAAAAAGUUUUGAGUUAACCAAAGCUUUGAGAGAUUUGAGCCGUCAACAAGAACCAGCAGCAUGUGAAAUUGUCAAUGCAAUAAUUCCAGACUUCUCUAUCAAAAUUGAAGAAUUGCCAAUUGAUAUUAUAAGAGAACUGAGUUCUACUUUUGAUGAACUACAUAGGAAUAUUGAUGAUUCGUCUUUAUCUGGUGAAAGUCUGCAUUUAUUUGAAAAACAUAAUUUGUUGCAAAAAAAUGAUAAUUCAUUAAAAUAUAUGCAGACAGAUUGUGUUGAAAAAAAUAUUACCAAAAAUCCUAACACAUCUAAUGAAACAUUCUUUGAACAAAUUAAAGCUAUUAAACAAGAGGAAUUGCCCAAAAAUUUGAUAACAUUUGGAGCAGCUGAACAAAUUGUAAUUAUAGAUUCUGAUGAUGAAAGUUUGCCUCUAAAUCAAGAUAAUAGCCAAUCACCUGAUAAUAUAGAAGAAAGACUUGAAUCAUCUGAAGUGAUAGAAGUGGAUUUGGAUUCUUCAUCAGAGCAAAUGUCGAUCUCCACUAAAAUUUGUGAUACUUUACCAAAUAUUGCUCCAUUUAGUAGUAUUAAUAAUGAUAAUGUUCAUUCAAAUUUUGAACAUUCCAGCAAUAUUGAAACUGAGGAACCAGUUUUUGCACCACCAGAAAUUGAUGAGAGUUCUAUCGAUGCAAUAAAUUCAAACACUAAUUCUCCACAGGUUGAUGAUGGUUUCAGUGAAAUUAUAAAUAACGAUUUAGGAACUACAGACUCUUCUUUGCUGGAAUCCCAAUUUGAAAAUAAUGAAAUGGAAUCUUCAAUUCAAUUGGAAAAAAUAGAUUUGAACACUCAGCCAAAAGUGGGCUCUGUUUGGGUUAGUAAAAAUAUCUUCAUAACAACUGAUAUUUUGGAAAAAGCAGACGAAUUCUGUGAUGCAUCUCAGGUUGAAAGUUCACAUACGGAGGAUUCUGAUGCCAUAUUCAAAAAUUUUUCAACCUCUCUUGGAGAAACCACAUUUCCUUCAGUGGAAGCUAAAAAUAUGGAGGAUAUAGAUGAGAACCUGGAUUCAAUUAAAAGACCAGAAUUAUCAUUGGAUAUUUCUCAUAGAUCAGAUUCACCAAGUUGUAUAGUGGAAACUACAGGAGCCAAAGAAAACAGUUUGUUAAAUAUUGCUUCCCCGUUAUCAUCAACAACACAUGGUAAUUCUCAGCAUGUUAUUGACAUUAGCAAUAAGAACAAUAAUUCAGAGAAUAGUAGUGAAAAUAUUUCCGAGAAUUCAAAUAAAAAAAAAAGUGAAACAAUUAAAAAGGCUGCAAUUGCAAGAUCAGAUAAAUCCUAUGAUAUGACAAACAAAGACAUACCUAAUGUGCCACAAUUAAGCAUACAGUCAGAUCUCACAAGCAACAAUAGCAUUACCGAUUCAGUAACUGUUAACAACUCUGAAAAUGAAUUUUUAUCUCUGACCAUCAAAAAUUUCAAUAAACCUAAAAAUCUUCAUGAUGCAAUUAAUUUCAUGAAUGUUAUUGACCAAAAGAUCGAAAUAUUAACUAAAUUGAGAAGAGAGCUCUUUAUUGAAUUGGGUGAAAUUGUUAAUAGAUCAGAAAAUAAAGUUUCUGAGAGUGUUAAGAGAAAAUUGAAUGAUUCUGAUAAUGCAGCUACAAUAAAAAAUAAAUGCAUCAAAACUGGCAAAUCAUCUGAUAAAAGAGGACAAAUUGAAAUAAAAAAACCUUCAAAAAUCAAACCAUUUUCGAAUUUGAAGUUUAUUGAUGAAGUUGUUCUCUUUUGUAAAAUUCUGCAUGAUAAAUCAGAAAUGAUAGUUGGUACUGACAAGGGGAACAUACAAUAUUACAAUAUAUUAUAUGGAAAACACCCCUUUAUGGUUGUUAAUAUUGGUGAAAGUGCCAUAAGUUUUUUGGAAUAUGUGAAAAUAUAUGAUGGAAAUUUCAUUUGCACAGGCAAUACCACAGAGUUGGAAUUGAAGAUUCUGAAGUACAAAAAACGAGUUAUUGAACAAAAGAUAUAUUUGGAAGAUUCUAUUCAAGCAGUCGUUAAUGAAUGGGGGUAUUUUUUCAUUGGUGGAAGGAGAGGUUACCUAACAACAUAUGAUUGGAAGAGUAACAAAAUUGUUUUUGAAGAUCGUAUAUCUGAAAUGAAGAUCAAAGAUUUAAAAGCUACUAGGGAAGGCCCAAGGAAAAUUCUAGUAAUUCUAUUUGAAGAUCCUGAUGGAGUAGCACAUGUACAUGUACGAGAUGCAAUGACAGCAUUACAUAUCAGAACUAUUGUUCGUUUGGCAAAUGUGAGUUGUAUGGAUCUGAGGUACUCUACACUCUACUUAGUUAGAGAUGGGGAAAUAGUUGUGUAUAAUUGUUGUGAUGGAUUAUUUGUGGCGAAAGAAGAGACAAAUAAGUCAUUUUCUUUGAUGAAAUUCAAGGGCAAUUUGUUGUUGCUUGGAAAUUCAGAUGGAAUAUAUGCAUUUAAUAUGAGAACUAACAAAUAUUUAAAUUGUUUACAAAAUAAUAUUCAUGUCUCCACACUGAAUUUCUUCAAUCAUCAGAUACUUUGUACAACAUGGGAGAAAAAAAUCGAAUUACUUGAUGUAGCAGUAAACUUCAAAGGAAUUAUGCAAACUAGUAAUAGAUUUCAACUAUAAUAUGUGAAUAUGCUGGUCUUCUUUAGUGAAUUUUGAAUUAUUCUGAUGAGACAGCCUGUGUAUAAUAGAAUACUGUAUAAUUUUAACAUUUGGUGUACAUUUUGUUUAUAUGAUUAAAGUUUUAUCUCUG